UUUAAUGCAGGAAAUCAACUCAAGAACAUGAAGUCUAAUAAAGGAAAGACCUGCAUUAGGGAGAGAGACUAUGUGUACAAAUUCAGUGCUGGAAAUCAACAUUUAGUGCUUACUGUGCCUCUCAAAUUCCCUGUGCAAGAGAAUGUUAGUCAUUUGCAUGGACGUCUAAUGCUUCUGCACAAUCUGCCGUGCUUUAUAGAAAAUGACCUGAAGCAAUCUCUUAAUAAGUUCAUAGAAGAGGAAACUAUAAAAGAUUAUGAUAGCGAAGCUGAAAUGGCUCUGGAAGCAGUGAAAUCAGGAAAAAUAGACAUAAACCAGCUGGCAGAUACUUGGGCUAAAGCUUAUAAAGAGACAACGUUGGAAUAUGCAAAGCCUGAAGAAACCAGCUGGGAUGAAGAUUUUGCAGAUGUCUAUCAUGAUCUGAUACAUUCUCCAGCUUCUGAAAUGCUGUUAAACCUGGAACACAAUUAUUUUGUUAGUAUCUCAGAAUUAAUAAGUGAAAGAGACGUGGAAUUGAAAAAGCUACGGGAAAGACAAGGAGCAGAAAUGGAUAAGGUAAUGCAGGAGCUGGGGAAAUCGCUAACAGACCAAGAUGUAAAUUCAUUAGCAGCUCAGCAUUUUGAAUCUCAGCAGGAUUUGGAGAACAAAUGGACCAAUGAAUUAAAACAGUCUACUGCUAUCCAGAAGCAGGAAUAUCAGGAAUGGGUGAUAAAGCUUCAUCAGGACCUAAAGAAUCCCCACAACAGUUCAAUGAGGUAUUUAAUUCCU